UGGACGAGUCUAGACCACGGUAAAGUCAAAACGAGCGAUCGAACGAUCAUAGAAGUCUGAAAUGGAAAGCACUGAAGGUCAUUCUUCGAUUUACCUCCCUUCCCUCUCAACUGUCAUGCUGCAUCGCUACUAGAGAACAUCUUCAUCGAACUUGAUAUCGAUUAACUCUGCGCGUUUACGACCCCAAGAUAUCCCAUUACCUAUCCAUUCCUUAAUCACUAUCUUAUACAUUACUAGUUUCCGACGCGCGACGCAUUAGACCAUGGACCUCUUUCUCAUACCGAACAACCCAGAAAACUGUGCACUAGUCUCAAUCAACGGCGUUGCGCAUUACCAGGUCAGCACGACCAAAACUUCGCAUGGCCAACGCGCUUCCAAAAUUCAACGCCCCGCUGAGUCAGAGGAGGACAGUAUCGUGGCGGAAAUCGAUUGGGGAAACUGGGACAGGCCGACGGCUGUGAGAAGUUGCCCUCUGGUCAGAGCGAAGAGUGUAUCAGUGCUCGCCUCGGACUUUUUGUACAAGAAGCAUCGGUUUAGCUCCUCUCGAUACUUUGUCGGCGACGACACGAUCGAGUAUAGAUGGAAGUUCGUCAAGGGCGUGGGUUGUGUUCUGAUGCGAGAUGACACAAAAGAAGAAGUCGCUUGCUACUCAUUCGCAAUAAGCAAAGAAGGACUUUAUGCCGGUGAAAAGAAAUCACGUCUCACCAUUCAGCCUUGCUCAGUAGAAUUGGAUCUCAUCGUCGUCUCUUUCUUGAUCAUGUUGAAGAAGAGAAGAGAAAAGGUCGGUCCAGCAGGAGACUUCGCACUAUGUGCUCAUGAUGAGGAUCCACAGGGAGAUGGAGGCGGGGAUGGAGGAAGUGGUGGUUCUUGACGAACACAUUCAGGAGAAACGGCAGGGGAUGUUUUUCUUUUUUAGGGUUUCAUGGGCUUGUUUUAAUCUGGGCUUAUACUGUAUCAACAACUCAGGUGUAGAUAUGCGAAUGAGGGUCGAGGCCACACGCAAGGCAUAAAAGUCUAAGAAAAAUUAUUAUGAUGGUAAUAACUGACCAGGAUAUGCAUCAAGUCAGGUCUCGCAUAACGGUGA